AUGACUAGGAAUGCUAGAAUCAGCUCAUGGAGCGGUCCAAAAACUGCGCUCGUACCAAUAUCCUCAGUCCAACUAAGCGGGAUGGCCGGGAUGAGGAUAAAUGUCCGUGGUCCGCUGCCUGAGGGCGUAGAGGAUAUGGAAUUUGAACCUGAUGAUCAGGGCCAUCCCCCGAUUAAUGGCUGUCGGAUGUACGAUGUUGGUUGGACAAAGGUCUUUGUCCGUAAACUCUACCCAAGAUUUUACUGUCUUCUCACAAGCGGUGAUUUUUGGGAUGCUAUGUAUCAACGGCUGCCGAGGAUCGCUAAAAUCCCAUAA